GUGACCCGCUUUCUGGUGCUUGCUUGGUGGGUCGGGCUGCUUGGAUGGCUCUCCGGGCAUUCCAGUGUCCAAGCAUACAAGCUGUCCGAGUCGCCCAUCAAUAUCACCAACUCGCAAGACCCGACCGUGGCUCAGAAGGUGGAGCGAUUGUUGGAGAAGAACCUCGAGCAUGAUGCAGGUGAAGCGAACUCAAUGCCCGAGGCAAAUGAGGGCAAUGACACCAACAGUUCCUUCGGCGAUCUGGCCCGCAAUUUGGAGUUCCUGCUGCUCAAGGUGGCACAGUUGGAAACAGUGGUGCAAUUGCAGCAAGCCGAGCUCACAGCCGCGCAUACCGAAAUCGGUGCCUUGAAAGAGCACGUUGGCUUGGACGUCCAGCACGUCGCGGUGGCACAGAAGAAAUCUCGUGAUCCCCAAGCAGCAGGUGAUGUUCUUAAAAUGGUCUUAGACAAGCACCACCGCCAGCGCGAGACGCGCAACUACGAUCCCGAUGCCCACAAGGACCGGUCGCCACCAACACGGGCAGAACGCCCUGCAGAUGCGUUUCUCCAACGCAAGGAAAGCAAGCAGAGUGCCUCAAGCAAGUGGGGGUCUGUUGGCGGGUGGGUGGAAGAUCGGGCGAGCGACGUGGCAAAUGUGGGUAGUGCGGCAGUUAACACUGCAGUCUCGACCCUUGACGGCACGGGCCUGACUGAUGGUGCCUUGACGGACGCAUUCAAUUCAGUCAAGGCCUUGGGCGAUGCGCAAGCAAUUGAGUUUAUUCAGAACACCGUGAUUGACACCGUGGAGAAGGCAACCAUCAUUCUAACGGGCUUCAGGGGCUUCACGUUUUCGCAGGACUGCAGCGCUUCUCCACCAAGCUUCAGGUACGACCCCAACGGUGCCCGUUUGGUCAUCAACUGGGGCAACCUGGAUUGCACGGUAACGCUCGUUGGCAAACUACUCAGGCUCUUCAAGACCAACUGGCCGGAAGCAAGCGUCCCGUUGCCGAAUCCGUUGGACCACUUGCCGCAUCAGAUCCGGAGGGUUGCUGGGGCAAGUCAGGAGAUGGUCGACAGGCUCGUAGACAUGUCUUAUCAUUUGUUGAACACGGCCCACUGCAACAGAGGCGACACCUUCCACUGCAUGGCCAAACGUGUCGCAACUUACGUCAUGCAGUUCGAGCCCCCGUUGAACUGGCUUCCAGAACCAAUAAAGCGCGUUGCCGCUCAUACCCAGGAGGCGGUCGACAGGUUGUUCCAGAUGAUACACGUCCUGCUGAACACCGCCCACUGCAACAGAGCCGACAGCUUCCACUGCAUGGCCAAGCUUGUGGCAAACCACGUCAUGGCAUUCGCACCGCCCAUGAACUUCUUGCCUCAUCAACUUCAUACGGUUGUCAAUGCAGGCCAGGAGGGUGUCGACAGAGUUUUUGCGAUGAUCCGUGAUCUCCUGAACACCCCGCACUGCGACAGAGGCAACGUUUUCCAUUGCAUGGCCAAAAAAGUUGCAAACUACGUAAUGGAGUUUGCGCCGCCAUUGAACUGGCUGCCCCAGCAGCUGCACACUGUUGUCAAUGCGGGCCAGGAGGGUGUCGACAGAGUCUUCGCGAUGAUCCGUGAUCUUCUGAACACUCCGCACUGCGACAGAGGCAACAUUUUCCACUGCAUGGCCAAAAAAGUCGCAAACUACGUCAUGGAGUUUGCGCCGCCGCUGAACUCGAUGCCCAGUCCGGUUGGCGUUCUUGCAGGAUCGAAUGUCAACUCCGUGAAGAGCUUGCUGGCCAUGGGGGAUGACCUGAUGCAUUGCCAAAACUUCGAGUCCGGCCACGAAGUCAUGAAAUGCCUAGGCUUCAAGAUCAUCGAGCGGGUACCUCCUCUGAGCUACUUGAAUCAGCUAGGUGACGUGAUCGGUGGGCAUCUCGAGACCUUCGCCAAGGCGGCCACUUCCAUGGCAAUGAAAGCUCUACGGGGAGGCACUUCCCUUAUCGAGAAGGCCAGCGUGUCCCAAUUCCCGCCCGUCGGGAAGAUGCCCGUGCGGCACCAGCAGGGGAAUCUGGUCGUGGAGGUGCACUCGCAAGAAAUGCACCCCUCGCUGUUGCAGUUCUUUUCGGGGCAGGGGCAGCAAGGAGGGCUAAUGCCGAAGACUGUGCCUGGUGAUGAAUACGUUGCCAGUUUGAUCACCCAGUUCAAUGGGAGAGAGGCCGAUUCGGGCUCUUGCCUGGCCUUUGCUCCCCGAGCCAAGAGCGGGGCCAAUGUUGGCAACCACCAGGAGGCGACGAAAGACGACUGGACGUCGGCAAAGAAGGAGGACUUCGUCCAGCUGGAGCCAUGGGCGGUGCCCUGCGACAACACCUGGAUGAAGGAGAACUGGAACAAGUGGCAGGGGUACUCCUUCUACACGAGCGAGCUGGCCGUCGAGAAGUGCCUGACAGUGAAGUUCUCCCUGAACAUCCAGCCUGUAGUGUCCGUCAUCUUGGGCUUGACCUUCGAGCUUCUACCGAAAGAACUCUUCGAGGUGAUCACCACGGUGUGUUGGCCGAACCAGAUGCCUGGUGGCCUCGACUUGUCCGUCCUUCGUUCGGAGAUCAAAACCGCCGGCCACCUGCUCUUCAGCCGGACCCUAAGGCUUGCGAAGCGUUUCGGCGAUCACACAGACUUCGCCAAGAAGAACCUGGGCACCGGAUACCAAACCUGGAGAUCCCCACUUGGCAUCGCCAAAGGCGAGAGAGCAGGACUGCGAUGGAAGCCAUGUCGCUUCUGGACAGCAACCGCAGUGAUCAAGCAGAAGGAAGCCUACCUGGCUUCCAUCGACUACGGUGACUCCAUGGAGCCCAACAGGACCUGGGAGGUGCGAGGACAGGACGCCAUGCUUCGAUUGAGCAAAAUGCAGGAAGCUCGCAAGCAGGACCGGGAGGAAGUCAUCGAGCUCUUCAACUUGCAGGCGGAUUCGGGAAGGUCGAACUUCCACAUCCAAGGCCUCCUCGACGGCAACGUGGUGGAGUUGGGUGUCCAGAUGGGCUUCGGACCCUUCCAGAGCCCAAGUCGGAGAGUUCCUUUGGCUGACAUCGGAGUGCAGUUUGCUGCCGUCCUGACCGCAAUCCCUUGGAUCUCUGUCGAAACGAAGAAGACGGCCAUCGCAGCUUUGAAGGACUUCUGGCCAGGGCACGACGAGCUUGUGGGGCCCGAGCCAGCUGACAAGUCUUCCAUGGUGGCCUGGUUCAAGAGCGAGGAUGCCGGCUCUGCUUGGAAAAGUGCCGUGGGCAGCUGGCAGGCUCGUGUGACGGGUAGCGUCACGAAAAAGGUCAAGGCCGGCCACGGCGCCACAUAUCCUGUCGUCUACCUCGCCGGCGACACCAACACCGGAAUAGACUUUGGCCAGAUCAUGAAGCCGGACUUCACCAUCUGCUCCGUCACGCGAUACCUCGGAGGAGCAAACCAGCGAAUUCUCCAGCACAACCAGCCGAACUGGCUGCAUGGUCACUGGAACGGAGCUGUGGGGGUUGCACACUACAACCACUGGGUGACCAGUCCUCACCGUACACCGUGGCAGCAUCCGGGCUUGACUGGCUGGCUGGUGAUGUGUGGCAGCAGCACCGGGGUUGUCUUCAGGGGCAAGGAGAGGAGGAAUGACGGAGAGACCGCGGCACUCAAGUCAUCUGGAGAUGCCCACUUGUACAUCAACCUGCAUAGCGGGGAGAAAUCGGACUUUGGCGUCAUGGAGGUCAUCGUUUGGAACCGAGCGCUCUCGGAAGCCGAGAUGUGGACCAGCAUGGAGUACCUGAACUCGAAGCUCGGACCCCUUCCACCGCCGCAGCCGGCUGACAAGACUUCCAUGGUGGCCUGGUUCAAGAGCGAAGACGCCAGCACAGCUUGGAAAAGCGCGGUGGGCAGCUGGCAGGGUCGCGCGACGAGGGGCAGCCCCACCAGAAAGGUCGAGGCUGGGCACGGUGCCAAAUUUUCGGUCGCAUACCUCACCGGCGACGUCCACACCGGAUAUGACUUCGGUCAGAUCAUGAAGCAGGACUUCACCAUUUGCUCGGUCACCCGCUAUAUCGAAGGAGGAGUACAAAAGCGAAUUCUCCAGCACAACCAGCCCAACUGGCUUCAUGGCCACUGGGGUGGAAAAGUGGGGGUCACUUAUUACAACACGUGGGUGAACGAGGACGGGCAGCUCACGGGCUUGACCGAUUGGCUCGUGCUGUGCGGCAACAGCGCAGGGGUUGUUUUCCGAGGCCGGGAAAGGAAGAAUCUUGGGCAGCACGCGCCGGUGAAGUCAAGCCCAGAUGCCCACUUGUACGUCAACGACGGCCACUUUAUGGAGUCUUCGGACUUUGGUGUCAUGGAGGUCAUCGUCUGGAACCGGGCACUUUCGGAAGAGGAGAUGUGGACCAGCAUGGAGUACCUGAACUGGAAGCUCUCUAAAGCGGAGUGA